ACUUCGUCAUUAGUAUUCAUGGUCCAAAUCCAAAAACAAAAUUAAUAAAAAAAGGUAAGUCAGUUUAAUCGCCAAAAAAGAUGAAUUUUUUUAUUUUUAUCAAUUAAGGAAAGGUUUUUAGUGAAGAACAAAGACCUCUUUAAGGUUUUUAAACUAUUUAAGAUCAAAUUUGUCUGUUUUUUUCAUCUUUGGUUAAAAGUGUUUUUAACUUUCGCUGAGUCAUAAGACUAGAAUUAAAUACACCAAUUCUUAUUUAUAUAUUUAUAUAUAUGAUUAUACUGUAUUUAUCAUUUUAAUAACAAAUAUGCUUUAUUCUAGAUAUGGAGAGUUUUCAUACCAUUCUAAGUAUUGUAAGACAACAUAGUGGCAACGUCACUCUGCUGAAGCUGCUAAGUGUUCAUCUGGCCACAGUGAUGAUAUCAAUUGCGUUGUCUCCUGAAAAGCUCCUUUUGAAUCUACGUAAUCCAAAUCUUAUAUAUAACUCGUUUUGGAGUUGGACUGGAUCAUUGUGCGGGUAUUUAUUGUCAACUACCGUGCUUCAAUUCACUGGACAUAGACCUCUUGUAUUUGUUCUAAUGGCUGCUAGUUCACUCUACGUUCUUACACCUGGUCUACUUCUAUUUCGAAUAGCGACAUCAUUUCUAUUUGGUCUUGGAGUUCCUGCCAUAUAUUCACUGGCCUUACACUUAAUUAAACCUGCUGCUAUGAUGUAUGGACGUGAAGACUUUAGCCAUAGAAUCGUAUGCUCUAUUACUGGCUGCUUUUUUUUCGGGCAUACACUGCUAAAUAUACUAAGACUAGUUUCUGCCUAUCAGGAACCGACCACACGAAGCUACCAGAUUGAAGACUGUGUGUUGGGUCUUACAUCAGGACAUCCAUGGUUUAAUUACAAUUUUCCCCCAAGCCUUAUCAACCCAGUCAAAAUGGAAACCGUUAUAUUAGUUGUCACAAUUGCUUCCAUAAUUGCUCUUUUGAAAUAUGCCUGUGAUAGCCACGAUCAUAGUUUCGAUACUUCUAGCGGGAAGGCAGUUGCCGAAAAAAUAUUAAUGGGUGCUGCAGCGCCAUACAUUAUGUUCAAUUAUAUUUUGUCUGGUCCUUUGAUUGCUUACUGUGGAAUUCAAUCUACCAUUUCAUUCUUUGGCUUAUCCAGCGACUAUCUAGCCGAUCGUACGCCAGAAGAACUGAUAUGGUUUCAACUUGUUCGUUCAUUCGCAGCCUCAGUCUCCUGUUUAGUAUUCGCUCUCAUUCCAAAGUUUGUGUCAUCAUCCACGAGCAUGUUUAUUUGUCUAGUUACAUACAUUGUAUCGUUCUAUUACGAUGUAUCAUUCCCUAAACAUCACAAUUAUGAAUUGGUCCUUAUGUUUGCGAUUUAUGGUUUUGCUUUUGGUGGAUCAUUCGUCAACUUGAUGGUAGACGGAUGUAAGAGAUACCCAGGCCAUUGGUGUGCCAUAGUUGGCUUUCAUUUUUUGUGCUUUGCAAUCGGUCAAGGUGUUGGUACAUUUAUUACAGUGAGGGUAUGCGCCUACUACACGCACGUCCCAUGCUGGAUAAUAUUUAUCCUCAGUCUAGUUGCUUAUAUUGAGGGAAGACUUCAUUACAAUUAUUUUUUUAAGAAACGAUUUGAAAAGGGUCUCUUAACACCCUUUCACAUCGUAACCAACGGUAUCUUUAGAUUGCCUGAGGAUCCACCGUCACCACCCAAAUAUGAAGAUAUCUGUCAAAACGACGUCGAAGAGGAUGAAAGUUCCUUGUGA